AGUACCUUCACUUUAGGUACAUAAGGUCUGUGGGGAGCUUCAUUUGCCGCGCAGCCAAAAUGCAGACCAUGAUGAAGCAGCGUGCCCCAGCGGCUGCGGGCAAGCAGGCCCAGGCCCUGCCCCGCGUCGCACCCAAGAUUGGCCGCGCCCGCAGCAUUGUCCUUGCUCAGGCUGCUCCUGCGACCGCGAAGGUCGACAAGCCGGCGAUCUCCCGCGACCUGGUGGAUAAGUGUAUCAAUGCUAUCCGCUUCCUGGCCAUCGACGCUGUGAACAAGUCCAAGUCAGGCCACCCUGGCAUGCCUAUGGGCUGCGCACCGAUGGGCUAUCUUCUCUGGAACGAGGUCAUGAAGUACAACCCCAAGAACCCAGAUUGGUUCAACCGCGACCGCUUCGUGCUGUCUGCCGGCCACGGUUCCAUGUUCCAAUACGCGAUGCUGCAUCUGACUGGCUAUGAUUCUGUGCCGUUGAACGAGGUCAAGCAAUUCCGCCAGUGGGGCUCUUUGACCCCUGGCCACCCAGAGAACUUUGUGACUCCUGGUGUUGAGGUCACCACUGGUCCCCUGGGCCAGGGUAUCUGCAAUGCCGUGGGUCUGGCUGUUGCUGAGGCUCAUCUGGCGGCCCGCUUCAACAAGCCGGACUGCAAGCCGAUUGUGGACCAUUACACCUACUGCAUUUUGGGUGAUGGCUGCAUGAUGGAGGGUAUCUCCAACGAGGCCUGCUCGCUGGCCGGCCACUGGGGCCUGGGCAAGCUGAUUGCGCUGUACGAUGACAACAAGAUCUCGAUCGAUGGCCAUACGGAUAUCUCGUUCACUGAGGACGUUGCCAAGCGCUAUGAGGCUCUUGGCUGGCACGUGAUUCACGUGAUCAACGGCAACACCGACAUUGACGGUCUGCGCGCUGCUAUCACCCAGGCAAAGGCCGUGAAGGACAAGCCCACUUUGAUCAAGGUCUCUACCCUGAUUGGCUACGGUUCGCCCAACAAGGCCGAUACCCACGAUGUGCACGGUGCACCGCUGGGCCCCGAGGAGACUGCCGCUACUCGCAAGAACCUGGGCUGGGAGUACCCUGAGUUUGAGGUGCCGCAGGACGUUUACGACGUCUUCCGCGCAGCCAUUCAGCGCGGCGAGGCCUCUGAGAAGGAGUGGAAGCAGACCUGCGAGGAGUACAAGGCAAAGUACCCCACAGAGUGGGCUGAGUUCGAGUCCCUGACCAGCGGCAAGCUGCCAGAGAACUGGGCGAAUGCGCUGCCGACCUUCAAGCCUGAGGACAAGCAGCUCGCCACCCGCCAGCACAGCCAGACGAUGAUCAACGCCCUGGCCCCUGUGCUGCCCGGUCUCAUUGGUGGCUCGGCUGAUCUCGCGCCCUCCAACCUGACACUCAUGAAGAUCUCGGGCGAUUUCCAGAAGGGCUCGUACGCUGAGAGGAACGUGCGCUUCGGUGUCCGCGAGCACGCCAUGGGUGCCAUCUGCAACGGCAUUGCUCUGCAUAAGUCGGGCCUGAUCCCAUACUGCGCUACUUUCUACAUUUUCACGGACUACAUGCGCAACGCGAUGCGCAUGUCGGCGCUGUCGGAGGCUGGUGUGAUCUACGUGAUGACCCACGAUUCCAUUGGUUUGGGCGAGGACGGCCCAACCCAUCAGCCAGUGGAGCACCUGGCGUCCUUCCGCGCCAUGCCUAGCAUGAUGAUGAUGCGCCCAGCGGGUGGUAACGAGACGGCGGGUGCCUACAAGGUCGCCGUCGAGAACCGCAAGCGGCCCACCACCAUCGCUCUGUCUCGUCAGAACAUGCCCAACCUGCCGGGUACUUCCGUGGAGGGUGUGGCGAAGGGCGCCUACGUUAUUCGGGACGCUGCUGGCACCCCCGACGUGAUUCUGAUGGGCACCGGCUCUGAGCUUCAGCUAUGCGCGGAAGCGGCUGACAUCCUUGAGAAGGAGGGCAAGAAGGUCCGCAUUGUGUCGUUCCCCUGCUGGGAGCUCUUCGAGGAGCAGUCGGCUGAGUACAAGGAGAGCGUGUUGCCUAGGUCAGUGGAGGCCCGCGUGUCGGUUGAGGCUGCCACCUCGUUCGGCUGGGCCAAGUACCUGGGCUUCAAGGGCAAGCACGUCGGCAUUGAUGACUUCGGUGCUUCGGCCCCGGCCCCUGUCUUGUACGAGAAGUAUGGCAUUACGACCCCGAAGGUCGUGGAGGCUGCCAAGGCUGUCAUGGCGUAAGCCGUUGUCGGAGGUUGUAGAAGUGGCAUCGGCAUAAGUCAUCGCGUUGCACGAAUGAAGUAUGUUCGAAGCUACAAUCGCAGAUACCGGCCACUUUAUGUGGCGUCUCGGGAACUGUUCGACUUGGCUGUCCUCAGCGCUUAUCUCUGUACGCCUUGAAUCUGGGGGUGGCUGUCCUGCGUGGGUGCUAGUACGUUUGCCAGGCCAAAGCAGGAGCAGCAUGAGCACUAGGAAGAACAGCUGAAAUCGGCCUGAGCUGUGCGGAGAAUAACGGAGUGUCGCUUUGUACAGGGCCGCAGGUGGUGCUAGCGGUUGUUCGGCGUGGGGCGUUGGGAAUGAUGCAUGCGCUGUCAAUGCGGCAGUGUCCUACUCGUGUCCAUUGGCCCCUGUAUCGCAAGCGAGUCAUCGCGCCCCAUGUUAUUUGUUAGGUGUGCGCGUCGUGAACCGAUCAGGGCCGGCUGGUCGGGAGUUCCCUACCAGUCGGGGUGCAGCUGUCUGUGCGUGUAUGUUUGUUAUAGGUCGCAAACCUGUGACCGUUUGGGUUUCAGUCUCGAUUGCCAGUGGCGGUAAUGGCUAUGAACGUGAAGGUUCGCAUGUUGACCGUUGGUCGGUGUUUGGCUGAGUUUUGAAGGGGCUUUUGAGGUUGCGUCUGCAGCUUCUUCCCCGUUUUUGGCAGCCGGUCGACUUCGUGUCCAAAGCGCUUCCUCUGAUAUCGGAAAUAUGUGCAGGGAGCGUGGCUUGCGGUUGGUUUGUGCUGUGCCUCGCUUGGGACGAUGAUUGAGCGUUUUGAAGUGGAGAUUUCUCCUCCGAAACUAAACUCCUUAAAAGGUAUCGUCUGUAAAGCAGGUGCGCCAUGGACGAA